GGACUGAUCUUUGUAGUACGGAACUAUUCAUGAUGUUGACGAAAAUGUGGGGAAUGCGUGGAGUUUUGUUGCGCCAGUAGCAGCUCUGGGGUAGGACGAAUGGGGAAAAUUUCCCCGUUUGGCGACUGGAGCUUAUGGUUCUGUGCAGCAACAACACAGCAACUUGCAGUAGCACAUUGUGUACCCAUUCCAGUUCAAUGUGAGAUUUUAACUUUUCAUGACCUGAAUGGAACAUAUCGGAGAAAAUUCCAGGUUGACGUUGAACGAAGUUUUCCAAUUGUCAACGGCCUUCCUUGUGACUCCCUAGCGGGAUGCCUAGCUACUUCCUGCACUUUUCAUUUUGAUUUAAUAUGAAGAUGUUGGGAAAGCAGUGGUAUCUUA